AUGUCUGAUGUUCCACCGCCAGCCGAAAGACUGUUGGGAGACUACGGAGGGGAUAAUGCUCAACCUGGAAGAUUAACUAUUGUCAACCAACCAGUGAAUGUGGCUAAUUUCCAGCUGCACCCAACCGGUGGUUCCACAAAUUUUUCAACAACCACCGGUAUCAAGAAGAUCAUUGAAGCUAUUGCUGCUAAUGAGCACAUGGAGUUGUAUGAUAGGUGUCAAAGCAAACCAGAAGGGGUGAUAGAUUUAAAGCUGGAAACUAAUAAAAUCCGUAUUGAAGACACUAUAGCUGCUGAAGUUGAUAAGAAACUGAAGGCAAUGAAUAUAGGUGCUCUACCUAGUGCAACCGUGACAAAUACUAGAGAGCAUAAUAAUGUGAGUGUUGUGACAACCCGAAGGGGUAAAUCUGAGGAAGUUGUUGAGGAAGUUGAUGAAGAGAGAGACCAAUUGAUCGAAGUGGACCUUGAGAUCAAAGAAAAUGAAGUGGUUAGAGAAGAAGUAGCAACACCGAAACCAGUGGUGAAAGAAACAGGCAUUAAGCCCAAACCGGUUGUUAAACUCCCAUUCCCCACCCAAAACAAGAAAAAAGGGCAACAUGAGAUUUUUUUUGAAAAGUUCUUAGAGUUGUUCAAGAAGCUGGAGAUUAAUAUUUCGUUGUUGGAGGCACUUGAACAAAUGCCUACAUAUGCAAAGUUCAUGAAGGUUAUCAUUUUUAAGAGGCGUACCGCCGACACUAACCCAAUUAUCCUCACUGAAACUUGUAGUGCUAUUUUGCAGGGUAUGAAGAUCCCUAUCAAAAAGAAGGAUCGCGGAGCUGUCACUAUCCCAUGCACUAUUGGAGAUAGGUCAUUCAACAAAGCUCUAAUUGAUCUGGGAUCUAGUGUGAGUCUCAUGCCGUUACCUAUCUACAAAAAGCUGGGUAUAGGGGCUGUGCAAGAUACCAGAAUGACACUCCAAUUUGCCGAUCAUUCAGUCAAGAAACCGUAUGGCAUUGUUGAAGACAUUCUGGUAAAAAUUGAUAAGUUUGUUUUUCCGGUGGAUUUUGUAAUUCUCGAAAUGCCGGAAGAUGAAGAGAUCCCUCUCAUUCUGGGGAGACCCUUUCUGGAGACGGGUCGGUGCUUAAUAAACAUAGAAGAAGGAACAAUGACACUAAAAGUUUAUGAUGAAGAAUUAAAAAUCGAUGUUCGAAACACCAUGAGGUACAAGGAUGAUAUUUGUACAAGUCACACUAUAGAGGUUUUGGAUCAAGUGACGACAUUUGAUAACCUUCUGCCUACACCCCAGUCACCUUUGGAGAAAGUGUUGAGUUUGUCCAUUUUCGAGUCGGAUAAAGAGGUAUAUAACGAAGACUCUGAAGUGCUUUCCUUGUUGGACACGCAAACCCCGUGGAAAGGAUCUAGACCACGCCGGUGGGAAGAGUUAUGCCUACCUUCAUCUAGUGAGGAGAAUGAAGAACUUAAAAAGGAAACAAAGUUGAAACAACUUCCUGACAACCUUAAAUAUGUCUUUCUCCAACCUGGAGGGAAAUGUCCUGCUAUCAUAAACUCGAGCCUUCAGGACAUCCAAGAAGAAAAGCUCAUCCAAGUCUUGAAAAAGUACAAAACUGCUAUUGGAUGGAAAAUUGAAGAUUUGAAGGGUAUUAGCCCUACUGUGUGCAUGCAUAAAAUAUUAAUGGAAGACGACCCCAAGCCAGUAGUCCAACCGCAGAGGAGACUCAAUCCGACAAUGAAGGAAGUGGUUUGGAAAGAGGUAGUUAAGCUGUUGGAUGCAGACAAGUGCCAGAAAACCAAUCUAAUUCUGAACUGGGAGAAAUGUCAUUUCAUGGUUCGCGAGGGGAUAGUUGUGGGACAUAAAAUUUCAUAUAAAGGAAUUGAAGUGGACCAAGUGAAAGUGGAAGUGAUCUCUAAACUCCCACCCCCGAUGAAUGAGAAAGGCAUCAGGAGUUUCUUAGGACACACAGGUUUUUACCGUAGAUUUAUAAGAGAUUUCUCAAAAAUUGCUAAACCACUAACCACUCUGUUGGUUAAAGAUAAGGCGUUUCUGUUCGACAAAGAAUGCACCAUGGCAUUUGAGACAUUGAAAAGAAAGUUGAUUUCUGCACCCAUUGUUAUUGCCCCAUAUUGGUCUCUACCAUUCGAGAUCAUGUGUGAUGCUAGUGAUAUUGCUGUAGGGGCAGUUUUAGGACAGAGAAGAGAGAAGUUGUUACAUGUCAUCUACUAUGCGAGCCAUGUGUUGAACCCAACACAGAUGAACUACGCAACCAUGGAAAAAGAUUUAUUAGCCGUGGUUUACGCGUUUGAUAAGUUCAGGCAGUAUCUGUUGGGAUCAAAGGUUAUAGUGUAUAUGGAUCAUGGCGCUUUGAAAUAUCUGUUUGCCAAGCAAGACUCUAAGCCGAGACUCCUCAGGUGGAUCUUACUGAUACAAGAAUUUGAUGUUGAGAUCCGAGACAAAAGAGGGUGUGAAAACACACUGGCGGUUCAUUUAUCCCGCAUGUCACCUAUUGAAGAAACAGAAGAAAAGAGACCGAUAAAAGAUGAGUUCGCUGAUGAACACAUACUUGCUGUUAUCGGUGUCCCGUGGUUCGCGGACUACGCGAAUUAUUUGGUGGGGGGUGUAAUGCCUAACAAUUUUGAUUCUAACAAGAAGAAAAAAUUUGUUCAUGAUUGCAGGUUUUACUUGUGGGAUGACCCAUUCCUUUACAAAAGGGGAGUGGGUGGGCUGAUCAGAAGAUGUGUCCCGGAGGAGGAGCAAAGGGAUGUUCUUAGAGCUUGUCAUGAUUCGGAAUAA